CUCAGACCAUAGAGCUUUUCCUUGUGUGUUCAGUUCCUGUGGAGUUCCCCCGCCUCAGACAGACACGCAGCAACAUCUCUGCAGUAGUGUGUGACUCACCCUGCAAAAUCGCCUCAUUUCCUGCAAAGCAUGAAAACAGUGCUUAGAACUGAAUCUACAGCUCUAUUCCAACAGCAGUUUUACAAAAACAAAUACAUGAGGCUUUGCUGUUAAAUAAUCAGUUCUGUAAACUGCUCUGAACAACAGGAGAGUCUCUCGUUUAAAACUUAAUCUGAAGAGAAAAGGAAUAACGCUGCCUAGUGUGUGGUGUGUAUUUUUUAUUACAGUUAGGAUAACUUUGCCUUUUUCUGGGUGGAUCACAAGAGGCUAGAAGAAAAGCCUCUGCUGAAACAACCGAUAUAUAAUGUCUGAUGUUACUGUUUCAAAAGAUUGUGACAAGGGAGACCUGAAUGCAAGUAAAAGCCAACAACUGCAACAGCAGCAGACUGUGUAUGUGAUUCUGGAUUCUAAGCCAUUCAGUUUAAAUCCCCUGCUUCCAGAAUCAGGAAUUGUUGCAGACAUUGACUUGGAAAACGUAUUGUCUUUGAGUCCAGUAGAGUUCUACGAACUGAAGAGCCAACCUCUAGCAAUAAGUGUUCCAGUCAGUGAACCAAGCCAACCAAAGCCUCAGGCCUCAGCUACAAACACAAUGUCCUCCCGGGUGCUGCUGCGCCAGCAGCUGAUGCGGGAACAGGCACAGGAACAGGAGCGCCGAGAACAGCAGCAGCAGCAGACCCCCCAGUUUAUUGCAACAACUCCAGCAACCCCAGCCAUCAGUGUCCAUGGCUUUGCAAGUCGCCCUGCCCCUGCUCAGGUUCCUGUUGAAGUCUUAAAGGUUCAGACACACUUGGAAAACCCAACAAAAUACCACAUACAGGCAGCACAGCGACAACAAGUGAAGCAGUACCUGUCGACAACCAUGGGAAACAAGAUUGCGGCACAGGCCCUGGCUAUUGCUCACUCCCCACAGCUUACAUCUUCCUCAGCACCUGAACAGACACUAUCACAGGGAGUGGGGAGUGCACCUAACAGCCCCAUGGCCCUGCUGAACAUUGGUUCUAACUCUGAGAAAGAGAUCGAUGAUGUUAUUGAUGAAAUAAUCAGCCUGGAGUCCAGCUUCAAUGAUGAUAUGCUGGGAUUAAUUGAUGGGUUGCAGCUACCCAACACGUUGCCAGGGAACUUGUUGGAGCUGUACAAUAACCAGAGUAUUACUGCUCCUACAGUCACUGUUAGCAACUCCUGCCCUGCUGACCCGACCAACAUCAAAACAGAACUGACAGACACUGAAGCUAAAGCACUUUUGAAAGAACGGCAGAAAAAAGACAACCACAAUCUGAUUGAAAGAAGACGACGGUUUAAUAUCAAUGACCGCAUUAAGGAACUUGGAACCCUGAUCCCAAAGUCCAGUGAUCCGGAGAUGAGGUGGAACAAAGGUACAAUCCUGAAGGCUUCUGUGGACUACAUCCGGAGACUACAGAAGGAACAGCAUCGUGCCAAAGAGCUGGAGCUCAGACAAAAGAGACUAGAACACAUUAAUAGAAGUUUACUGCUGCGAAUACAGGAGCUGGAAAUGGUUGCCCAAGCUCAUGGUCUCCCCGUUACAUCUGCUUCUGGACUGUUAGCUUCCAAACUGGCAACAGACAUUGUCAAGCAGGAUGAAGGCAUAAAUGACACAGCUGCCAGCUUCUUACAGACCUUGCCUCAAACUGAAAAUGUGAACCCUGCCUCCACCCCGGACCUCAGUGCACUUAAUUUCACAGAUACUCUAGGAGACUUCAGUGACUCAAACCUGGGAUUUGGCCUGGGCUUGAACUCUGAGCCUAUUGAUGAUAUUCUUAUGGAAGACACUUUGUCGCCCAUUGGGGCUGCUGAUCCCCUCCUUUCAUCUGUUUCCCCUGGUGCAUCUAAAACAAGCAGUCGGAGAAGCAGUUUCAGCAUGGAAGAGGAUUUGUGAUGGCAGAAACCUAACCGAUGAGGGAUAGCCAAUCAGAAUGGAACAAUAAGCCACAUUAGUAAGACAGAAGAAAAAGUGCAAGAGUGGUACUAUUACAUGUCAGCCUUGUGGCUUUUUAAAACUGAUGUUGUGUGGGUUAUUUUUCCUUUUGUGUUAGCUUGCACAAUUUCAUAUGUCUGGGUCAUGCCAGUACUGUCUCUUUAGACCCUAGUCCACAAUCAGACCCAGCAUAUGUUUUGUUCUAUCAGUAACACUGCUCCUUGCAUAGUGAUUGUAAUAUCCAGUGAUGAGUGGCAGUUGAACAGUACCACCAUUUGCUAAAUGUUAUUCCUUCUGGUCUGAGCGGUUUAGAGUUAAAAAAAAGUCAAGAACCUUUACUGCACUGCUGUUCACUUAAAAUGUUUGCAUUUUGAUUAUCCAAGCAGAAUAUGCUGACAAUAUUUUGUAAUCGUUUGUUUGUUUUGCAGGUACUAGUAUUUGUCUUUAAAUGCAUUCAUACUGUUCAUGUGACACCCUGGCACUAAGUGUAGCCUUUGACCUAUCACCCAGAGAAGUCCAUUCUUGGCAGCACCUUAAAGUAAUUAUUUACUGACAUGCGCAGUUGCCAUACUGAAAACAUAAGCCCUGCCAACUCCUAAUGGCAGAGAUACAUGCAUUAACUGUCACCUCAUCUACACCAACCUGGCACUCUUGCCUGACAUAUAAAAUAAGUAGCAUUACAGCUUGGCGGGCUUAAGCAGUGAGCUGCAACUUGCGUCUUGUAUAAGGACCAUUUUUAAUACCCAAGGUUUGUAAGUUUCAGCAAAUCAGUCUAUGUGACACUACCUUCUGGGUUACUACUGGAAGCAGGUAGCAAUGUCUGGUGUGUCUUGCCUGGUUUCCUAUGACUGAAUGAAACAGACUAACAGUAGAUUCAGGUUACCUCAUCCUGUCACAGCCAGCCUUCAGAAGGAACUGCAGCAACGAACAUUUGUCAGACGUCAGAAAGUGACUUACUGAUACAGCUUUUUAACAUCUGGUUGAAGAGAUGAGAGGAGAGCUGUGUCCACUGCUGGAUUAUGGUACAGAAAUCUCCCUUUUCUUUCCCUAAUAUCCAUCAUGUUGCUUGGAACCCUGUUGCUCAGCCAUUUCCUUAAAAUGUGUUUCUUUUGUGGCUGUCGAAGUGGUAGGACUAUGUGCUUUCACUUCUUGUCUGCAGCUAGUUCUUUGACCAACAGAUGUCGUUGAAUCACACAGUUUAUUUCAUAUUGAGUGACAUUUCUGACAUGUAUUUAUGGAACAGUACAUGAAAGGUCAGUUGAUAAAUGACGUUUUACAGUAGAUCCUGUUAGCAGACAUUUAAGGCCAUCUCCACAGCUGCAUUCCCCUUUCCAACACAGUCCAGAGAUUAUCACUUUUACAGAGACUGGGGCUAAUAAAGUGAGAUGUUAUCCUUCACAAACUGGCAAGAGAUUCCAACAGUUUUAGAUGUUUCCCGUUAUUAGUGACAACUGUCAUACAUCAUGACAUCACUGUAUGUGCAUGUCACACAGCCAGACUGAAUGCACUAUGUUGCUUCUUUGUUUACAUGUGCAUUUCUGCCUUACAUGCACAAAAACUUGGUAAUUAUGUCCAUUCACAGGGUUUACACAGUAAUGUGUACAUGUCUAGCAAGACCAUCUCAAAAUCCCAGUCCUGCUUUUUAGGCAGUGAUAUUGCUUGUUAGACUUCAAGGAAACAUGCCAGUCUCAAAGCUGGCAACUUGUUUUAACAACUUCCGUGAUGUCUUGAUUAGUGAAAGAACAUUUACAGUGUCCAAAGAAAGGACGUUUAUGGAUAACAUGGUUUCACAUUUGCAAAUCCUUUUUUUUUUUAUAAGUCCAGUUCUUGAAGCUCAUUUUUUUUUUAGUUCUUCACUUUUUUGCUUAGCUUUUAAAACAUUAUUUAAUAUAAUAUUCACACACAUGGAGCUAGCCCCUGGCCCAGAGCAGGGGAUGCUGCUCUAGAAGGGAAGUCCCCCACGCACCCUCCCUCUGAAAUAAGAAGACCACUUGUGGGUGCUCAAUUUCACCUCCAUUUCUGUUAGCAUUUCCAGAAGCUAGCCUGUUAAUCAAAUAUGGCUUACUGCCAUCACAGUCGGGGACAAAAAUCCCUGUACUGGAAGAGAUAGGAUUCGGGUAGUGAAGGGUAAAAUUUGACUGAUGAUAGGCUGUCUUCCAUGAGUAGCUGUGAUUUUACAGUUAUGUAUUAGCCUUUCCUCCUAUUGGCUAUCAGGCUUAAUGCAGUCCUUGCUUGAGUCAGCCUCUGUGGAUUGCACAUUUAUGCGCACUCACUGUGUUUACCUUAGGAAUGAUGUUAUUUUGUCAUCUUGUUGCCUCCAUGCUUUUCCAUUCGUGCAAAGAGCUUAAGCUUGCAAUCAAACCAAAAAGAUGCUGUCCUGCAGCAGUGUGCAUAUCAGCCCUGUAGCCUGGUAUAGGCAAGUCGAUGUCGCUUGGUCAUCUCAACAACACUCCAACUUGCAGACUAUUGAACCUGAGUCAUCUGAUCCAUAUCCCCCUACAAAAUGGUGCCAGCUCAAUAAAGGUUUUAUUUCUGGGCAUUUAAUUGUAAUUGUUCAUACACAGCCUUUUCAGGGAGCCUGCAAAGUAGUAGUGUGUACUAGACAUUGCCACUGCAAUGACAAAUGAUAAUGCCAGGCUCAUCUUACAUUAACUGAAAACAUGUAAGCAUGUCUUUCUCACACUGUUUCUAUUUUAAUUUGCUUCAGAUGUAGCAAUGGUCUUCAUUCCCAUUUAAAAUAAUUGUUGCAGCUGAUUUACACAUGCAUUACACACAGUGGCAUGCUUUAAUCUUUUAUGCAUGGCAGAUACAUUGUUGUCAGUCUUGGAUUUUGCACAACAGAUAAUAACUGAAGUUGGGAGAUGUGAAAUAUGAAAAGUGGAGGUCCUGUUUUUACGAAACUCUUUCUUCUGAAUACUAACUCUAAACACCUAGGGAGAUAAUGCAAGUUUUGAACUGCAACAUAAGUAAUUACAUCUUUGUUAUUCAAAAUCAAACUUAAUGCAGUGUGACCAGCAUGUUGGCUUAGUAGUUACAGUUUGAGGCCUACAGCCUCAACGUCUGGAGUUCAUUCCUGAUCUCUGGUGACUGUAUAGAUAUUUAUAUAUUCUCCCUGCAUUUCUGUUUCUGGCUUCCAUCUGUCUUAAACAUACUGGUUCAUUGACUGUUUCAAACUGGCCAUGUAUGUUGCAUUUACUUUUUUCCCUCGUGGCCCAAGUCAUGGAUGAAGAAGGGACCAAUACAGGCCAGUUUAAUUAGCUUGCUAACAAAUUAGUAAAUUAAAUUAAAAGUUAAUUUAAAAAAGUCAAUGUUUCUGCUCACUUUUCAUACUCUUCAUAGCUCAAUAUCUGUACUGGAAAGCAGUGCUAAGCCAUAGCAAGUUUCAAGUUAGACAAGAAAGAAAGUUUGAAGAAGAGAUAAUCUAACUUUUUAAAGCAGUAGCAUGUAUUUUUGUGGUAGAAACACACAAUCACUUAAAAUCGCUGCAGGCAUUUGUGGGUUAAAAAUGCUGGCACUGAACACUAAGUAAUGUUGCUGCUUUAGUUAACCUGUACAGUGACAGUAUCAGCAUUCAGCCCAGUGGGGUGUAUGUGUAUUUUGCAGGAGUGUAAUGACAGUAGCAUACUGUAUAGGAGUCUUCAUUCUAAUUCUUGUAUGAGUUUCUUUCUUCUUCACUGAAAAAAGGAGGAUGUAUUGUGAGAAACAAUUUACCUAUGUACAUCUAUGUGUGUGUAUUUGUGUAUGCAUGUAUGUACAUCCGGACAUGGCUGCAAAUUAAGUAAACAUAUGUAUGUAUUAUAUAAACACGCAUAUGUUGCAUUGUUUACAGAAAAAUGCCUUUUUUUUACAGGUUAUGCUCUUUUCGCAGUCUCUUAAUGAGGGACAUUCGACAUUUAAAGCUUUUGUAAUCAGAGAAACAUCUCUUUAGUUACAGAUUGUUCCCUUCCGUGAAGCAAGUUAUGUAAUCGUGCUUAAUGUACGUACAAUGUACUUGCCCUCUAGAUAGCCUGAUGUAAUGGCUUCACUGUCUGAAUUUUUAGCUUUUCUUCUGGUUAUUACACAAAUGUGUUGUGUAGACUGUUUUUUUUUUUCCGACCUUUCAUUUGUUUUUAAUUAAAGUAAGUAAUUAUGUAAUGUGUUCAUGCUUACUACUGGGCAGAAAAAUUGUACUAUUUUGUAAUAUUUUAACAUCAGAUGUAGUGAUAUUUGUAGACCACUGCAAAGUAUAAAUUUUUAAAACCUAACCUUAAGAAAUAGAUUUAAUUUAAUCAGUGGUAACUUUGUUCAGUUGCUUCCUAAUUUAAAGGCAGUGAAUGUCAAGGCUUUUUCAGAGCUAAAGGAAUGGCAGUUGUAUAUUUCUCCAUAUCCUGAUGCUGGUUUGUAUUGAAAUGCUCAGUAUCAUACUUUAUUCAGGAAUGGCAUAUGGAAUACAGGGAGCUAGCAGAAAUCGCAUGUGGAAUACAGGGAGCUAGCAGGAAUCGCAUCUGGAAUACAGGGGACUAAGAAGAAUGGCAUAUGGAAUACAGGGGGCUAGCAGAAAUGGCAUAUGGAAUACAGGGGAUAACAGGAAUGACAUAUGAAACAGAAGGGGCUAGCAGGAAUGGCAUAUGAAAUACAAGGGGCUAACUGGAAUGAAAGAGGACUGAUGCAAGGUCCAUGCAAGGCCUCACCUUUCAGUACUAGACAUCUGAAACUGUUAAACCACUUCAUCUCGACAACACCUCCCUAUAAUAGAUACAGGAAAAAAGGCCUUGUCCAUCUCAAGGAGAUGCCAUUCCUUGCUUAAGUACUUUGCCAACCAGCUGUCACCUACUACAGGCCUAGCAGAACUGAAAAACUUUACAGGACAAAAGUAAUGUAUUACAUCACUGUUGUAUGUGUGUCACUCCUUAGACAUGGUGGUGUAUGGGUGUCACUGUCUUAUGAGAAAAGAGGAAAGAAACAGUGUGGCAGGCAUCUGUGGAAGCCUGCCUUGUCAUUCAUCUGUACAACGUUAAUAGAUGCGUGGUGAUUGUCUGCAGGAGGGAGGGUGGCCUUCUUUCUUCUGGCAAUGUCAUGAUGGAAACAUCAUGAGUAAACGAUAGAAUAAAUGAAUUGGUAGGGUAGAAACAAAAGUAACAGAAUUCAGGUGAGUUUAUGUGAAUUCUACUACUUCUAGUUACAGAGAGGGAUUAAAAAUCUGUAUUGAAAUAGAACCUGCAUUAUCCUUCAAUGUAAGGUAUCUAACAGGAAAUAACAUUUGCAUUGAUGCUAUAUCUUAACUUAUUAAGUACAUGUUUACUAAAAAAGUAUUCUUUCUGUUAAGAAAUAUAAGUUCUAUUAAGAAAUUGUAGAGAGUGGAAGUAUUGAAGCAAAACAAAUUACGCAUUUGCUUAACCUUUUAUUAUGUUAUGUGUGUAACAUUUUGUGUUUACUCUGUUAACAGACUUUAAAGUCAGGGCUGUGUAUUGCCUACAGUUGAGGUGUGAUUCUGUAGCUGACAAUAUUUUAAGCCGUGAGCUGCAGAGUUUAGCUGCAAUGUGUUGUCCAUAGCAGUUGAACUUGCUUGGAAAUGCAUCACGUUCUUACAGAACAGUGGUUCUUGACAGAAACAGUGUCCAGACUUCACCAAAGAACAGUGACUGCUGUCAUUUGUCUUAGUAAAUGCAGCAUCUGUUAUGGAGCACUUGUAGAUUACACACAGAGCUGAGUUUAAAGAUGAAACAAAAAAGGAAUUAUGUAAGUGUACAUAUGUAUGUGAGUACGUGUACACAAACAGUACAAAUAUAUGCUUAAUUAUGCUUAUGUGCAGAUAUGCACAAUUUGUGUAUGCAUGCACGUAUGUGCAUGUGUUUGCAUGCAUUAUAUGAUAUACAAUUAUGUAAUGCCAUUUAAGAUGCAUUUUAUGUUUUUUUUUUUUUUUUUUUUUUGUACAGCUCCAUAGUAUGUUUAAACUAUAGUGAAUGUAUCUCAUUACAGUCUUCAGUAUGAAUCAUUUUGCCACACGGUACACUCGUUUUUAAGUUCACUUAAAAGAUGUAACAGGAAUUCAGUGUAAAGUUAUGCAUAUCAUCCUCAGCCAAUCACAUAAUCUGGCUGGGACAAUUAAUCUGUAAAGGUAUAAAACCAACAUGUUGUGGGGCAGAAGAUAUUUGGUUGUUUAUAAAACCAGAUAAAUACCUGUAUGAGAUGCAUUACAUAAGUAAAAUAUCAUAUAGUUGCAUGUUUAAUGUAAUGGUCAACUUCUUUAAAGGCCAUUUUACCUUGUUGGUCUCAUUUGUGGCUGUAUCAGUUGGGAGGUCAUAAGGUCAAACCUGACAUGAGUUGGGGGGUUAACAGUAAUAUCUGAAAUGUCCCAUCUGCAUUUAUUUGUGUAUGUAAAUAUACAUUGUAUAUCUGUGUGCAUAUUUUUAGAUAGAACAAUCCCUAAUAUCUUCCAUUUCUAAAAAUAAUGUUUUAUAUUUUAAAAUGCUUAAAAUAAGAGCUAUGGCUUUUAAACUGCUAGGCUUAAAUGAGUAAAAUUUAAAUGAAUACCUGAAGACCAGGUUACAUGAUUAGGUUAUAUUGAUACCAGUUUCUUAUGUGAAAUAUGUUUUUCCUUUCAUUGUUGUAUGUUUUUCAAAUACUAGGAUUAAAAAAGCACCGUUGUUUUCAUAGUCAGAGUAAAGCAGACAUGGUUAAGUCACCUACUGAUACUGCAACGUGCAACUGACUCCAAGAUUUCAUAAAUAAUAAAAGUGAGGAGUAACUUUUUAA